GGCACCUGCCUGCACCGCUUCUGCCGGGACUGCCUGCGCCGCCACGCGCAGACGGUGAUCAGGAGCAGGGCGCAUCCCGUGCCGUGCCCACAGGUGGCCUGCGGCGCCGCCAUCUCCUCCCCAGAGUGCGAGCUGCUGCUGGCCGCCUCCGCCGUGGAUGUGGCCAUGUACAAGCAGGCGGAGGCCAGCAUCCCUGACCACCACCGCUUCUACUGCCCCAGCCCCCACUGCUCCACCCCUCUCCACCUGGAGAGCGACCCCGCUCCCGAUAGCCCCAUCUCCUGCCCCGCCUGCUCCACCAAGACCUGCGCCUGGUGCCGCACCGUGUGGCACAAGGGCUUCUCCUGCCAGGAGUACCGGGAGCUGCCCUGCCACCUGCGCCAGCCAGAGGAUCUGGCACUUCUGUCGGUGGCGCAGCGCAGGCGGUGGCAGCAGUGCGGCAAGUGCAAGCACAUGAUUGAACUGGGGGAGGGGUGCCGCCACAUCACCUGCAAGUGCGGCUACGAGUUCUGCUACUCGUGCGGCAAGCCC